AUGAGCGCAACCAUGACGAUGACCGCGCCUCUGCCGCCGCCGACACUAUCCCUCUCAACGGACCGCUCCGAGCAGCAUUCCUGCCCAUCCUGCGGCGUCGUCAUCGAGCCACCACCCGCCCUCCUCGAAGCCCAAGCCCGCAUCGCAGACCUCGAAGCCCAGGUGCGCCUACUAAACCAAAAGGCCGCCGCCGCCGUCGACCGCUGGGCCGACUACGAAGACGAGCUCACCCGCCUGCGCAUCGCCGCCUCCCACAACCCUCCCCCGGCCCCGCCGAGCCCGUCGCCCACCCGUACCUCGUUCCUGUCCGGCGGCGCAAACAGACUUUCGCAGCUGCUGAGCCCGCGCGGCAUGAAGAGCACGCCGAACCUGCGGGCGCCGACGCCGCCCCCGCCGGGGGAGCGGGACCCCGCGACGACGGAGGACCUGCUGGAGGCGCUGACGAGGGAGCAGAAGCUGAGGGUGCAGGCCGAGGCGAGGUUGAGCACGACGAGCCAGGAGGUGGAGGAGCUGAGCGUCAGCCUGUUCGAGCAGGCGAACGAGAUGGUCGCGACGGAGAGGAGGGCGAGGGCCAAGCUGGAGGAGCGGGUUGGCGUGCUCGAGAAGAGGGACCAAGAUAAAAAGAGGCGGUUGGAGAGGUUGGAGGGUGCGGUUGGGCGCAUCGAGAGGGUGAGGUCGUUGCUGGGAGAGAUGAAGGAUACCGCGGAGGCCGAGCGGCCCGCGGGCAGCCGGCUUUCUGGGGAGACAACGGGGUCGCAGUCGACAAGUUCAUCACAAUUAUGA